GAGAAAGUAUAGUGGAGACAAAGCUAUUUUUUGGCUUUUUAAUUUUCUUUUUUGGUGUCUAAAAAAGAAAAACUAAAUUCUCUCAAAUACUGAAGACCAAAGGCAGAGGGUUUUUCUCUUCCAUUCUCUCUCUCUAUCUCUCAAUUUACAGUUCAGGGUUUGGUUCUGGAUCCUUGAAUCGAUUGAUGGAGGAGGGGUUUAUGAAUUCUAGGGUCUCCUACUGAUGGAACUAUGUAUCCAUUUCCCCGUAAACAGUGGGUUUGCCUCUUUUGAUCUUUUUUCCUGCCUGUUUACGGUGGAUUCCGAUCAUUUCCGGAUUGCCAUAUACAAAUUUGGUUCGAAAUUCUAAAUUAUCCUUUUGGGUUCUGAUUUGAGGUUUAAUCUUGGAUUUGUUGUUGUUGUUGUUGUUAUUAUUAUUAUUAUUAUUAUUAUUAUUUACCAAUCGGGGUUUACACUUCUACUCUUGGUUGGAUGAAAUCAUAUGGAGCUGUGAACUGUCUGAGAUAAGGGAAAGGAAAUUGGAAUUUCUGUUUUUAGGAAACAGGCAUUUCUUUCUGUGGAAUUGGGAUUUUGAAGUAGGAAGAUUUCGUUACAUUUCUUCAAUAGAAGAUUAGUCAGUUUAGUAGCUUUUGCAGGAUGUUGCCUUGUGUUGUCAGUGAGAAUUAAGCGUUUGCUUUUUCUUCUUCUUAGUGCUGGUGAGCUAGUAUAGUUAGUAAAAAUGGAAGAGGAGAUGUUAUAUGUAGAAGGGACCAGUAUGUGUAUGGGUGAUGGGGUUAACUCUGAGGACUCCUACUGUGCUGAAAUGGAAAUCGAAGAGAAUGAAAUUGGAAGUCCAAAGAAUGAAAUUCAACGGUUGACAUCAGAAAAAGGUGAAGGAAGUAAUGUGGUUUUCUCAAGAGAAGGACCCCUUGUAAGUAAAGAGUCAAGAAGGUGUGGUGUGUAUCGUUGUGGUGCAAAGAAACUCAAGUCACAUGUGGUUGUAAUUGAGUCUGAGAUUGGCAAUAAAGAGAAUAUUGGCCAUGACAGGAAACUUACUAAGCAAGACAGGAUUGAUUUAGGUCGGUUGUUUCAAGGUGCUGUGAGUUCGCAUGAUUGGGAGCUUGCUGAGAGUCUGAUUCUGUUGGCAGAUCCACAGACCCUUAAUGAUACCUUAUGCAUCACUCUGGACUCUAUUUGGUUUUUGAGCACACAGCAAGAGCUUCAUGGGAUAACUGGAUUGAUCAAGAAGAUUAUUGCCAAUGGCGCUUAUGACUUCACUAGAGCUGCUCUGAGGACUUCAUUUCUGGCUUCAUGUGUCUCUGCCUGCCAGAGCCGAACAAUGAGUCUUGCAGAUACUGUAACUGUAAUGGCUCAAAGGCUGCAUGAGCGUCUCCAAGAAUGCAAUGGGGAUGAGGUCUUGAAGGCAGAAGCUGGUGCCAAGGUUCAAAAGUUCACUGAAUGGGCUUUGAAAUGCAUAGGCUUUCAUUCUCGUUGCCAGGGCAACAGGGAAAGAGUGAGUCAUAACUCUGCCAUUGAGAUUCAACUUCAAUUAUCUGCAUUCAAGACAUUUUUAGACCUAGCUGGCAAUCAACUCACAGGGAAGGAUUUCACAGAAGCCUUUGAUGCAGCUUGUUUUCCUCUUACUUUAUUCUCUAGUUCAUUUGAUCCUGGCUGGGCAUCUGGGAUAUCGGCUACUGCAAUCCAAGGAUUGUUGGGUAUGCUAGUUGAAGGGGGGGCAGACAAUGUCAACCAGUGUUUUCUUGAAGCCUCUCGUUUUGGAAGUACAGAACUCGUGCGCAUCUUAUUGCAGAUUGCCCAAAGGAACAGCUUGGAUGUUGAUGUUGAUCUGGCGCUUGGUUUUGCUUCUCAUUACUGCAAAAUUGGCACAAUGGAAUGUCUAGUUGAAGAGGGGAAUGCUAUAGCUUUCUUGGGCCCUUUGAUGAGAGCAGCAGAAAGGGGCUGUAUGCAGGUUCUUCAGUGGUUUGUGAACAGGGGUUGCCGUGACAUGGAACUCUGUCUUGCCCUUACUGCUGCUACUUCCAGUAGCCAAGUUGAUGUUGCUGCAUAUCUGCUCCCUCAUGUACCUCAGCAUGUACUUGCGGCUCUCAGCAUUGAAAUUCUCAAGGCUGCUGGUGAGCGAAGUGGCGGGUCACUUGAUGGAGUGGCAUUUCUCCUUCGUUCUGAUUUCUUAGGUGAUCCUGCUGCUUCUUAUGCUGUUGCAGACACCAUUGCUAGGUCUGACGAUGAGGCUGUUGCCCCUGAGCUUAGGGCUUUUCUUCAGGAGCACUGGUCAGAGGCGGCAUUUUUGGAUGGAUUAAGACAAGGUGAAGAACAUUAUAUGAAUCUUGUAAGGAUUUUGAAUUGGGGUGGAUCUCCUAUGUGCAUAAGGGAUCUGCCAGGCCCUCUCAAGGUGGCAAUUGCUUACUUGCCACUGUAUAGGGAGUGUGUUGCAGCAGGUGGUAGUUUAUUUUCACAAAGGCUACGAGGGCAGCUUGUUGAAGCUGUGAGAAGACUUGGGGGUGGGUCUUUAGAAGGGGUGAGCCAGGGCAAAGAGCUCUUGGCUAUUUUGGAGCAUCACCUUCCUCCAUUUUUGGUUAACACUCACAGCAUUGGCUAGAAUGUUUUACGCUGCAGAUUUGCACUCCAGUUUUUCCCUUUGUACCUCAUGUAUGCUAUAGACAAUAAAAUAUUUCAGCAGUGGUUAAGGUGAAAGCUUUUAAGGUUGCCAGUUUUCCUUCCAUAAUGUGGCUGGCCAAAAUCCUAGCAUCUCUCUGCGAUCUCUAUAGCAUAUGUCUGUGUUAAUGGAUGUCCAUGUUGAUCUGUAAUAUGUAAGACACAGCAAGUAUUGUCACAAAGGGUUGACAUAUGGUGCGAGUGUAUAUUAGCCGAUUAUAAUCUUUUUGUUA